CUGGGAAAGAACCCAUCCCUCUAUCGAUUAAUCGAAGAGACCCAGCAGAGGCCUUAAGGACACCGCGCGCCGUUGAUGUUGGUUCAUCAUUACACCAUCGCUCUGUGCAAUGAACUGAACUUCUAUGGCAUCUAACCUACGUCUCCGGCAAUAUCACUCAAGCUCUUGCAAAACAUGCAUAAACAAUUCUUGUAUUGCCUUGACACAGGGUUGCACAGGACGCGCUGCGUGCUUAUUUUCAAGAGUACCUGGAUCAUUGCACAGUCAACUUUUCUCUCCAGUACUUACAGCCUUUACCAUCCUAUAUCGAAUCUAACUGUGCUAACUUACGCACUUAUGCUGCGAUCAAAUGCUGCUCUUUGCUGUUCGCUAACUUCGACCUUUUCUUCUCGCAUUGGAAUUUCCUUAGUCGUGAUAUGUCUUUUGAACUUGACCUCAUUCGUCAUAUUUACUGUGCCGCUAAAUCAGGAACAAGCUCCUGCUUCAACGAAGACUGUAGGGGCCUUCACGCAGGUAGUCUUUAAGAAUGCUGUGCAAGGGCUAGAAGCCUCAUCCGAGCAUCGUUCUUACAAGGUGGUGAUUGGGUUCAUACCAUGUCCAGAAAUAGCUGCGCCCCAUCAACGCGCCCACAGCCACGACGUUUGUAUCCGAUGCUUGUCUUUCUUGCCGGCGAACCUUGCCUCCUCAGUACUGCCUUCACUGCGGGGCGCGCAGUAUAACGACCACUUGGAGACGAUUCCUCCCCCAGCCUAUGCUGGUGCUGGAGGUUCUGGGCAGGAGGCUCAAGGAUCACAACUUCAAGAACAACCUCAAGAACAACCUCAAGAACAACGAGAGAUUCCUACUCCGAAGGUUCCCUCUCCGGGCAAUGCUGUUGCGUCUUCGGAGAAGGCCUAUCCUCCUCAGCCAUACCCGCCUACUCCUGGAAUGGCUCCACAAUCAAUGCCAGGUUUUUUGCCAUUGACGGAGGCACAGCUUGCAGAAGUGCAACUUGGUAGUAUGUUCCAGAAUCAACUGUUCGCAAGGUGUGCUCGUGGAGAUCACGAUAUUGUCAGGAAACAUGGAGCCCUGGGUAUCAUUUGCGCAGUCAUCUUGUUCCCUAUCGGUUUCACUUGUUUCUUCCUUGAUGUCGAGAAGAAAUGUGCCCGCUGUGGAACGGUCAUUGCUUGACCUGCAUGAUCUGUACCAUUAUGUUCCGCCGACUUAGAUGUGUUAUCUACCGUGACAUUCGUGUGCUUGGAUUUCAGAAUGAAAUUCGGCUGACCCG